GUGAUUUUAAAAGACAGGGCCCGAAUCGCGGCAUUCGUGAUCGAGCGAGCUAUUGUAUCGAAACAAAUUUCGUGACGUUUCGAGUAGCCGGAUCGCCGCACUCGAUACGAAGCGAAUCUAAAUUAGCUCACUGUAACAGCCCUGGCCUCUUUACAAAUGGCAUUUACGAAGUGUCAAAUUGUGAAAUCAAAACAAAAGAAAUCAAAACAAAAGAAAUCAAAACAAAGAAAGUUGUUAAAGACGUGCUAUAUUUUUUUUAAAAAAAGUGAAAUACUAUUGUUUUGAUUUGAAGUGAUGCAUCCAAUCAUUUUUUUAUAUUCGUCUUCGGAAUCUGAGGAAGAAAACGUGCAGCAAGUCAAAAGGAACCGAAUGCGAGACAAAAGCAAUCCCUUGGCAUUGCCGGAGGCAGCCUUCAGGAAACGGUUCAGACUCUCUAAAAGUGCAUUUAAAUACGUAUUGGCUGAACUCAAAUUUGAAGGGCAUUUGUCAACCGCAGUGCCACCAAUGAUUCAACUGGGAGCGACUUUGUCCCUUUUGGCCAGUGGUGGCUACCAGCACUUGGUGGGAAAUGACUUUUUAAUAGGAAUAUGUCAAAGCACUAUUUGCAAAAUAAUAAAAAAUGUAGUCAGCGAAAUGGAAACAAAGUUGUGCCCCCAAUUUAUUAAAUUCGUGCCCGACAAUCUUUCGGAAUGCACGAAAUCGUUUGUUGAAAAAUACAAAAUUCCUGGAGUUAUUGGAUGUAUUGAUGGCACGCACUUUGGGCUGCAAAAACCAACAGCAAAUGAGCACAUGUUCUUCAACAGGAAAGGAUACCAUAGCCUCAACUCAAUGAUAAUAUGUGACCAUGAAUACCGCAUUUUGGCCAUUGACUCAAAGUAUGGUGGAGCCGCACACGAUUCCUUUGUGUGGAAGCAUUCGGCACAACGAAAGUUUUUGGAGGAGCAAUUUAACCAAAAUAAUUUCAAAAAUGUUUGGCUUUUAGGAGAUUCGGGUUAUCCCUUGGAGCCGUGGUGUUUAACACCAUUCAGGAACCCUGAAGAAGGGUCUGCUCAAGCUCGGUUCAAUGAGGCUCAUUCUAAAGCUCGCUGUGUGGUUGAAAGAACCAUUGGGAUCCUAAAGGGCCGUUGGAAAAUUCUGAGCAAUGACAAGAGAAGCCGUUACCGACCUGAAAAAAUGGCACAAUUCGGGAAUGUAUGUGCAGCGUUGCAUAACAUUUGCAUACAUUUCAAAGAUGCGUCAUAUUGCAGACAUUAUGCAAGUGAAGCUAUUAAUACAGAAGUGGAUAUGGGAAACGAAACUAAUUUAACCAAAAUUGGACACAAAAUUCGAAACCAUAUAAUGUUAGCGCUAGAAAAUACAAUUUGAAUAAAAUUUAUCAUUAUUUGUAUGUAUAUUUAUUUAUUUUCUUUUAAGGCUUCUAAUUGUAUUCGGUUAAGUUGCAGCUCUAUUGCUUUGACUUCCAUAUAAGCUUUGUGAGCUUCCUUUUUCAUUUCCAUCGACCUCUCCUUCAAAGCUAUAAGCUUGUCUAGUUUUGCGCCUAUACUCUGCUGGUAGCUUUCAAACGCGAUCAUGUUUUCUUUAAUGAGG